GGGGGCGGGAAAGCCCGGACCUCCCCUGCGGUCCCCAUGUGACAGCCUCCGCCGGAGCCGUUUCGCUUUCUGACUUUCGUUUCCUCAGCCACACGGCUUGCUGAGCUGAGGCAGAAGGCGGUGAAAAGAUACUGCCUCAAGCGCUGUCUGGUCCUAAGACCCCGGCUCUCCCGGACGCAUGUUGUGUAGUAACGGCUCCACGACAAGGGGCAGCGUGAUGAGUGUGGUAUCACCGUGAAAAUUGGCGUGCGGAAAACAGACUCCACAAUCUGUAAGAUUGUACAGUAGGUUUUGCCACUGGAAAAGUGCCAGGGGGAGGGAUGUAAGCUCUGGAGAGCUGGGCUUCCAAUAGAAACUAGUUUUGAACUUCCAGUAGAGCUAUAAAGGUCCAGUGAAGUCUGUUGACAGAGGGGAAGAAAAAAAAAAAGCUAGCAGAGAAGUGAAACCAGCAACAAAGCCCAGAAUGGCUCUUGAAGGCAAUCAACCACAGCAGAAGGUCUGGGUUAAUUUAGCAACAAAGUAUCCUGAAGUAGUUUUGUGUGUUGGAAAAACACAUUUUGGUGACAAAGCAAGAAAAAAGAUACCAAAAAAUUCAAAACAAGAUCAAAAAUACAACCUUGCCUACGCAACGUGUGCUUUGCUGAACUCUGGAGGAGGUGUCAUAAUGGCAGAAAUUGAAAAUGAAAACUACAACUUGGAGAGAGAUAAGAUCGGCCUAGAUUUCGAAGGGACUUUUCGGUCUCUUCUUUUAUUUCCAGACUGGAGAAAAUACCUGGACUUUGAACAGCGAGGUAACUACCUUUUGAUUUUUGUGAAAACCUGGAGCAGUGAAAACACAACCUCUACAAGUGUAAAGCCACGAAUCUGUAGCCUGAAUACUGGGUUGUAUGCAAAAAGUGGCGCGGCACUUUCCUACAUGGGCCCUUCUGAAGCUCUUGUGUUCCUUAAAGAAAAGCAAGGUGAAGCCAGGAGGACAAGGGCUAUUGAAGGAGACAUGAAUAUUAUAAAUAAUGCUGUUGCUGAGUUGUUUAAUAGGGACCAGCUGCAACAUGGAGAGAUACUCCCUUUCACAGAGUCAGCAGAGGUGGAAUUUAAGCACUAUUCAACUGAAAAAUUUUUGACUCGUGUCAGAGAGAUAUUACCUCAGUAUAUCGCUGGAUUUGCAAACACAGGCGGUGGGUAUUUAUGGAUUGGUGUGGAUGAUGACAGCAGAGUGCAGGGAUUCAGCAGCGAUGAUGAGGACCUUGAAAAAUUAAGUCUCUUAAUCAAUUCCGUUCAAAACAAAUUAACCCUCUUCCAUUUCUGUGGGAGUGGAAGUAUACACAACAUAAGGUAUGAACACAAAAUCUUCAAAGUAUACCACAAGUCUGGAGAUCACUGUGGCUACGUCUGUGCUCUGAAGAUUCAGCCAUUUACGUGCGUCGUGUUUCCUGAAGACCCAGAGUCGUGGCUGGUGGAAGGCAGCACCAUCAGCAGACUGAGCGUGAACAAGUGGGCUGAAUGGAUGACCGCUGCUGAUCCAGACCUUUCAAAGUUUUCUGAGACCUUUAGUCAAGAGCUCAGUCUGACAGAGGGGCCACCUCUUGCCAAGCCAGUUUAUUCACACCAGGGCCUUGACAGUGUUGAUGACCUUUGCAAGCAACUGUUUCCAGUGGGAUCCCACAGCAUAACAUAUACUCCAGAAAAUCUCAGUGAAGAUCUCUUCCAAGAACAUCCAGGGUUAGAUAUUUUAAUGAAAAAUCAAUUGAAGCAGCUGUCUGAGGGAGUUCUGAUAUUUUCCAGAAGCUGGGCUGUUGAGGUCGGCUUGCCAGAAAACCAAGACAUAAUUUGUGAUGUUCUCCUAAUAGCCAAGGGUAGGCCGCCUAUCCUUUAUACAAUCUGUAAGAAUCAUAUCUCAGAGGAUUUGUUUGAAUACUCAAGACUCAUAGCCUUGAGGCUGAAGGAGAAAUUAGUCAACACUGGGGGCUAUAUUCACAAAUUGUGUGUAAUACCAAAGCUACUGACUUUGCCGUCCAAAAUUAACUGUGGAAAAGAAGGGGAUCUGAAUAUUCAAGAAAUGUAUCCCCCAAAUUACAGUGUAAUCAACAGUGACAACCUGAAGGCCCUCUUGCGUGCUCUCACAGUAGCUCUGCUGACUUUCAAGUCCUUUUUAAGUGACCAUGUUGGUUCUGAAUUUUUGAACGUCUUGACCUUCAAACAAUACCAGCUGCUGUCAGAAAAUCUUCACAAAACUAAGAAGCUGUACAUUUAUGGGCUACCAGGAACAGGGAAAACUGUAGUGGCCCUGAAGAUCAUAGAGAAAAUAAAACUUAUGCUGCAGUGCAGGGAGCAGGAAAUUCUUUAUGUAUGCGAGAACCAGCCUCUAAGAGAUUUUGUGCAGCAGAAAAACCUUUGCCGAGCUGUGACAAGAGUAGCCUUUUUGAAGGAAAGAUUUAAUUAUGUGAAGCACAUCAUAAUUGAUGAAGCACAGAAUUUCCAAGCUGGGGAAGGUGAUUGGUAUUACAAAGCCUUGACACUAACUUCAUCACCAGAGCUUCCUGAGCCUGGCUUUUUCUGGAUUUUCUUGGACUACUUACAGACAAGUCACAGAUUCCCAACUGGUCUUCCAGGAGCCAGAAGGCACGAUCCUGUCGAGUCACUAACCAAAGUGGUUCGUAACGCUAGCAGUAUCUAUAGCUAUCUAAAAGAAAAGAUGGAAGAGAUUGUGAAGUACUCUACCCUAAAUAUUCCCACGCAACGUUUGAAAAACCUACUAUGCAGAGCCAGGUGUGCUCAGGUUGUGCAAGGCUGUGUGAAAAUAAAACAAAACCUAGACAGAAACAGAAUAGCAAUGUACGUGGCAAAACAUUGUCAUAGAUAUCUUAAAAGGGGUCACUCUGAGAAAGAUAUUGCUGUUCUGUGCUACACUGAAGAAGAAGUGAAAGCAUACUCUGGAAUACUGGAGUUGGAAAUGAAGAAGUCAAAGUCAAAUAUAUCAUUAAGAAGAAUGGAGGGAGGACCACAGGAACAUGCUACUCUUGACAGUAUCCGUCGUUUCUCUGGCUUAGAAAGAAGCAUUGUGUUUGGUAUUAUUCCUCAAUCCUUUCACUUUCAGGAUGAAAUAUUAGGAAAUAUAUUGGUCUGUGUAGCAUCCAGAGCUAAUUUAAAUCUACACUUGUUAUUUCAUAACUCAGAACAGGUGACCACAUAGGAUCCCAGCAAGGCCCUGACAGGUCAAUGGGUAUGUAUGUUGGAAUUUUUUUUACUCUAGAUCUGAAGUAGAAGGAUUUCCUUUGUAACGGCUGAUUCUCUCUAAAAGCCCAGAUGUUCUUGGGAAGCCUCUACAGUCUGUUUUAAAUCAAAUGUAAGGUUUCAAUAAUGCAGAGAAAAAGAGAUAGAUGGUUCGAAUAUCAGUAGAAUUCCAUCAUUUCCCAAAGGCUCCUUUCAAGCACUUGCAAAACCCGACGCUCAGCCUUUGACUGCUUGUAAGUGCAUUGCCAGGUGAAAGAGUUGAAGUCUCCAUGCCAAGACAGGAAAUCAGAAGAUGUUCUGGCUUUUACCAGCUCACUCAUACUCACAGUAGUACUCAGAGAAGUUACCAAACAGCACUGGCAUCCAGCGUUAGAAGCCAUUUUUAAAAAGACAACCUCCAUUCUGAUAUUUAGGAAAGUAAAAAUGAGGCCUUCUGUCCAUUUUUUAGCUAAGAAAUAGAAAUAAAUGGCUUUUACAGAAUUAGUUUCCCCACUCAAUUUCAGCAAGAGUCAGUAUGGGUUAGAAGAACCGAAUUGUUCCGAAGAGGAGCUUUAGCUGGAGAAGGAAACUUCGCCUAACCGCCUGCAGAUACCAAUGGCAUUUUGUGUCUUGGUUUCAGACAUGCUGGCUAGAUAAAACUUUCUGUAUAGAGCCGGAUGCAAAGUACUUCGGAAAGACAGAUCCAAAAUUCCUAAAAUUGGUAUCUAAAUCUGGGUAUCCAAAACUGAAGGCUGGUUGAAAACAAACCAUAUUGUCUUCCAUCACAGAAUGAUCUGUGGUUCAGUUGAUUUGGAAGCACAGUCUGAUGUCCUAGUACGAUUGUAAAGCACCAGUGAUUUGAGUGAAUGUGGUUACCAGGAGGAGAUGAUGUUGUACACAGCUGGAAUCACCCUCCAAAUAAAUUUGCCUUUUACCUUCAAAAUUCUUACUUUUCUAAUUUCAGGCAGCGAGAGGCACUUUGCAUUAUUUUUUUUUUCUUAAUCAACAUACAAGGAAAGACUAUCCCCAUGGUUCCUUUCAUAACCCCCAAACCUCCACACUUAAUCAUGCCAUGCCUAUCAUGUGAGGAUCGCUGACAUUUACUAGCAUCAGAAGUAUUUUAACGCACUUGAAUUUAUG